CGAUAUGAAUAAUGGAAUCAUAUCGUAGCGCCUUUUUUGGAGUGAAUUAAAAUUUUCGUGAUAGGUUCUUAUCUGAUUUUCGAUGCAGGGGCGGCAAAGCGUUUAUAGGUCAAAUCAGAUGAGAACUUAUCCGCAUAGUGUAAUUUUGGAACUAGCUUAGCUAAAUCAAACGGAAGCGUUAAAGUGCAAGUGGAAGAAGGUAGCACUGAAUCCGCCCCUGUGCGCACGACGUCGACCUACACACAAAAAAAAAAAAAAAAAGAAAAAGCACACUGCGAAGCAAGCAGCGCAGCGCACAGCGCAGCACGACGACUGACUGGCAAAACGGGCCAGAAGAAUACAUACAACACAACAACACACAGCACAGCUCACGACGGAGGCGAAUUCGUUCUUGUGUUGUGGUUUAGUUGAGCGUUUGGUGGCGUUGCGAACGGACGGAGAGACACCAACAGCAAAAAACCCAGAGCACCAUCAGCAACAGCAACAGUAGGAGCAAUAACAAUUAGAAAAAACCUAAACAAUAACAACGAAAAGAGAAGAAAAAACCUCAACAAUUCAGUUUUGUCGUAGUAAACGCCAUUGACUGGAAUAUUAAAAAGAGGAAGAGAAGGUGAAACAAAGAGGGGAGCGCAGGUAGACUGACUGGCAAGUGGCCCCCACACACACGCAUUUGUUGUGUUUCUUUGUUUCGACAACAACAACAACAAACCACAACGAAAUUUUGUUAAAUUAGUGCGCAAUUACAACAGCAACAACAAAAGGCAACGCAGACAACGUGCGCAGCAAUUUGUUUAAAUCGACAAAUGCAAUAAACUGCGCAAAAACAAGCACAAAACAAUUGCAUCACGCAACAACAACAAAAAAACUGCAACAAAAGUUUUUAAAUAAAAACGUAACUAAAGUUCUCCAAAAAUCAAUAAGCAGCGCAGCAGCAGCGCAGUAACUGCAGUACAAGCAGCAAGUAACAGACGCGACGACCAGAAGCUGCGACCACUUAAACUGCAGCAACAACUACUACAACAACAACAACUACAACUACGACAGCAGGAACAACAACUGGAAGAAAAAAGCUUUUUUUGGCUGCUAAAGUCGAAGCUCAAAGCGCAGCAGCAAACGCAGUCAGCGCGCAAACUAAAGCAGCAACAACAACAAAGCGCAACGAAGAGAGACGGCAACAAAAAACAAAAGUGAAACGCAAAAACAAAAACACAACAAAAAGGAAAUUUACAUAAUUUGUCGACACAGACACCGUUUAAUUGAGAGAGCGAGAGAGAGAGAGCAAGCUGCAAGCAAGAUGCCCUCAUUGCUCGAGGCGCUCGAGCGCAAAUAUUUUGCCGAAUGCGAAUUCGAGAACGCCAAUCAGCCGGAGCUGCAUAAGCGUUCCGAUCUGCCCAAUGACUUUACGGUUACUAAAUGCGGCGGUCGCAUGGAGUUCGCCAUCUUCAUACCCCGCCUCUCCCCGCUGACCAGUGUGCCCGAGCUGCUGGUGCUCAACGAUUGCGAUAUCGAUUGCGCCGGCGAUUUCGACAGCAUUCGCGAGAAAUGUCAGCGAGUGCGGGAAUUGGAUUUGGCGCAGAACAAACUGUGCGACUGGCAGGAGGUCUUCAACAUACUCAAGCAUAUGCCGCGCAUUGAGUUCUUGAAUCUCAGCAAGAACCAGCUGAUGAGUCCGGCAAGUGCGCUGCAGGCGGCGCCGACGAUAAAUCUCAAGAAUCUGGUGCUCAACGGCACCUAUCUGGACUGGAUGUGUGUGGAUGCCCUGUUGCAGAAUCUGCCCGUGUUGCAAGAGCUGCAUCUCAGUCUCAACAACUAUCGUGCCGUGCUACUCGAUGCUGCCCAGGAGGAGGAGGAGCUGGAGCUGAAGCUGUCGGAGUCACAGAACUGCAAUCACUGCCAAUGCGUGCCACAGACCGAAGUAAGCGCAGCCGAAACGGAAGCGGAAACGCAGACCAAGACGGGAUCGUGUUACAAUCUGUGCCAGGCCAGUCGCAAGUUAACACAAGCGCAUCCGGAGCUCAAGACACUGCACUUCACCGGCAAUCCUAUCGAGCAUUGGCAAGAGAUUUGCCGCUUGGGUCGCCUCUUUCCCAGCCUCGAGGCCCUCGUGCUCGCCGAGUGUCCCAUCAAAUCCCUGCAAUCCAGCACAACGGCCGCCGAACUGGACUCGGCCAGCGGCAGCGAGAGUCACAAGUAUUUCCCACGCCUCAAGCUGCUCAAUCUCAGUUGCGCUCAGCUGAACAGCUGGGCGGACAUCGAUGAGCUGGCCAAAUACGAGCAGCUGCAGAAUCUGCGCGUCAAGCAUUGGCCCCUGUGGGAGACCCUGGAGUGCACAGAGCAUGAACGUCGCCAGCUGCUAAUUGCCCGCUUACCCAAUGUCUCCAUGUUGAAUGGCGGUGGCAAGAUCAGUGUGGAUGAACGCGUCGAUGCGGAACGUGCCUUUGUGCGUCACUACAUGGACAAACCGGAGAGUGAGCGACCCGCACGCUAUGAGGAACUGUUGGCUGUGCAUGGCAAACUCGAUCCGUUGGUCAAUGUCAAUCUGAAGCCCGAUAAACGGGUCAAAGUCGUGUUCACGUACAACGAUGUGAGCGAGAGUCGCUUCGUGGAUGUCUAUUUGACGGUCAGCGAUCUGAAGAUCAAGCUGGAGAAGCUCACCAAUUUGGCGCCAAAUAAAAUGCGUCUCUACUACCUGGAUCAGGACUACAAAGAGCAUGGGCCGGAGGAGAUGAGGUUCCCCAACAAGCGACUGUACAGCUACAAUUUGCAGUCGGGCGAUGAGAUCAUCAUCGAUGCCAAGAAGUGAAGAAGACGAUUCUCCAGCAGCAGCGGCAGGAGCGAGCGGGGUGCUAACAGUAACAACAACUUGUGAUCUUGUAUCAAGCUGACGGAUACAAACCCGAUAUAUACAUAUAUGGAUAUACACACACAGACAGAGAGACACAGAGAAAUAAAUAUAAAGUAUCUUACACAGCGAGAGUACUCGUAAAUAUAUCUCUAUAAUAUAAAUACGUUUUUAUGAUUAUUAUUAUUUACCGCCUUCCGAAAACCAAUUACUGUACAUAAAUUAAAAAACGGCCAAACACAGAUACAA